CACCAUCAACCUCCAGCCAGAACCCUCGCUAAGCGCUCGUAACAGAAACCGAGAGCAAGCAGUCCGAGCUCGAGGUUAUGGCAACCGCCGGCAAAUCGAAGCCCACAACCACCAGCGACGGCGCGAAAAGCAAGAAGAGGAAGCAGUUCCUCCCUCACAAUAGGCCGGUGAAGAAGAAGGGAUCGUAUCCGCUACGCCCCGGCGUGCAAGGCUUCUUCAUCACUUGCGACGGCGGCAGGGAACGCCAAGCCUCUCGCGAAGCCAUCAAUGUUAUCGACUCUUUCUUCGAAGAGCUACUUUGUGGAAAUGGUGCAGCCUCAAUACCUGCAGAAACAGUCUCCAAACCAGCGAAUAAGAAGAUAAAAUUCAAUUACUCUGAAUCUGAAUCAUCUGGUGAUGAGGAUGGUGAUGAUGAUGAUGGGGAAGAUGAAAAUGGUGAAAAUGAAUCUGAGGCUCAUACGGGCGAAGAGGUUGAUCCGGGAAAUUCUGGAGAUGAGAACGCUGAACUUCAAAAGGAAGAUAAGCAAAGUCAUGGCGAAACUGCUGAAACACCGGAAGAACUAUGCAGUGGAGCUGGUGAGCCCCCUUCAAAGAAACAGUGCCUAGAGAGUUGCUCGUCCAAGUGUUCUUUGAAAGACAACAAAGAGGAGAAGUCCAUUGAUAAGCUGAUUGAAGAUGAAAUUAAAGAACUGGGAGAUAAGAAUAAGAGGCGAUUUGUGACCCUUGAUUCUGGUUGUAAUGGGGUUAUCUUUAUCCAAAUGCGGAAGCAGGAUGGUGACCCUGGGCCGAGAGAUAUAGUGCAGCACAUCAUGCAAUCUGCUGCAUCAACAAGGAAGCAUAUGUCAAGGUUCAUUUUGAGAGUCUUACCAAUUGAAGUUGCUUGCUAUGCUUCAGAAGAAGAAAUCUCUAGAGCAAUCAAGCCCCUUGUUACACAAUAUUUUCCACUUGAAACUGAGCACCCCCAAAAGUUUGCUGUACUGUAUGACGCGCGGGCAAAUAGUGGGAUUGACCGGAUGAAAAUCAUAAACUCAGUUGCAAAGUCUGUUCCUGGGCCACAUAAAGUCGAUCUCAAUAAUCCCGAUAAAAGCAUUGUGGUCCAAAUUGUUAAGACCAUUUGCUUGAUCGGGGUCGUUGAGAAGUACAAGGAGCUGGCUAAGUACAAUCUGAGACAGCUCACCUCGCCGAGGUCGUGAUGACACUCUUUAUUCUUUACAAUCUGCUAACAUAUAAUUUUCUAUGUAGAAAUCUUUGGUGAGAGGAAUUUAUGGGAUAAAUUAUCUGUGAAUGUUGCAGAAAUUUUUUAGCCUCUGUGCAUUAGUAUUGGUAGUGCUGUUUCGAUAUCGUCUUUGUUUA